CAGAAAAAGCGCUCCAUUUAUACGCUCUAAAACAGUGAAAAUUUGUUGACCCGACUCCCUUGCUUUACGAACGAUUACAGUGGCGAGGGUGACACGAGAGAGAAACCGAGGAAGAUUAUAGGGCAAUGGAUCUCCUCUGCAGAGCUUAUGCAAAUGCUUCCGACGACGAUGAAGAAGAAAAAGACCCGCAUCCCAUCUUUCCUGCUAAGAAAAGGCGGUUGGAUGGCCGUUCCUUACACCAUGUUCCCUUCUCUCAGACGAACAGGCAAGGCUUUCUGUCAUCUGGCGAGCCUGGACAAGUUCCUUUGGUUGCAGGCAGAUACGUCUCGAAAAGGGAGAGAGCGAUUUUUUCGGCUACUUCAAUGCCUACGGAUUCCCUUCCUCCGGUUAUCACGCCUCCCGGUUCUUCUCAUCUUUCUAAUGUAGGAACUCUGUCUGAUGCAGAUCUUCCCAGUGUUUUGAAGUCGCUGUUAAAGAAUCGUGGUAAAUCUUAUGCACAUGGAAACAAUACUUCUGGAAAUUUCUCUCUAACUUUUAAGGGUCAUAGUAAAGCCAUUAAUUCGAUCCAAUGGUCUUAUAAUCACGGACAUCUUCUUGCUUCUGCUGGAAUGGAUCACUCUGUUCUUGUAUGGAAUGUAUGGAGCAAAGCUCAGAAGAAAGUAUGUACUUUCAGCCAUCACAAAGCAGCAGUGACAGAUGUGAGGUGGUGUUCACAAGGGCUGUGUCUACUGUCUUGUGGAUAUGAUUGUUCAUCAAGGCUAAUUGAUGUUGAGAAAGGGGUGGAAAAACAACAAUUCAAGGAAGAUCAAGUUGUUCAAUCAAUAAAGUUACACACAACAAACUCAAAUCUUUUUCUUUCGGGAGGUUCAAAAGGGUUUCUUCGUCUAUGGGACAUGCGGGCUAAGAAGGCCGUACAUGAAUAUCUCAAACAUUUGGGUCCAAUCCUUGAUGUUGAAUUUAGUGUUGAUGGAAAGAAUUUUAUUGCUUCGACCGACACUUCAAGGAGCAAUAUUAGCGAGAACACCAUCAUUAUUUGGGAUGUAUCACGACAAAUUCCAUUGUCAAACCAGGUGUAUGCAGAAGCAUUCACAUGCCCAUGCAUCAGAUACCACCCCUCAGAUUCCUGCUUCGUCGCGCAAUCAAACGGGAACUACAUAGCCAUUUUCUCGGCCAAAUCUCCGUUCAGAUUGGACAGAUACAGGCGCUAUGAGAGUCAUGGAGUCUGGGGCUUUCCUAUCAAGUGUAAUUUCAGCCUGGAUGGGAAAGAGAUAGUUACAGGUUCCUCAGAUGGAUCUAUAUAUUUUUAUGAUUAUACAUCCUCAGAACUUAUUAGAAAAAUAAAAGCCUUUGAGGAACCAUGCGUUGAUGUUGCCUUUCAUCCUUCGGUGCCUAAUUUAGUUGCUGCGUGCAGUUGGGAUGGUGAAAUCUCUGUAUUCGACUGAUUUAUGUACUCUAUUUUACAUUUUUUUUGCUUGUAAAAAUAUUCUUUUUUGUAGUGAAUUGAAAAGCAUAUAUUGUUUUUUUUUUCGGGAAAUGUGAGCUGAAAGGUCGAUAUGUGCAAUUCGAACUUGGACCGACAUCAUGAUGGGACACUAUGCCUUCAACUGCUAUAUCGCGGCAUUUUAUGCGUUUUACACUUUGCCCGCUUGUCUCGGUUUGGCAUUCCACUACUCCGACAUCCUGCGCAGCUGUAGUGGGGAAAUUCAACUGAUUUAUAUCCUUACUUUAUUCCUUUUGCAUUAUAUAAAUACCUGUUUGUAUAUAUCUAUCUGGCAUCUGUCUCUUCUCAUCCAGCGUCGGAAACUCCCUUGCAGUCUACCAUCGAAGCUGGUUCACACCAUUGAAGAACUUCCAGGUUUCUUAUCUCUAGUUCUGUAGAUUUCUUUCUGUCUGAAUCUCUCAGUGAAAUAGAGGACUUGGCAAUCUCAAAUCUGCUAUCAGCUUCCCUACUGAAUAUCAAUGCUUCUCCCUCUUUAAAACUUCUGCUUUCAAAACCAAUUGAAAGCUGAAAACUAUUCUAUUUGGAGAGCUCAGAUUUUGAGGAUCUUUACAGCCAACGGGUUUCUUGGUUUUCUGGAUGGUUCCUCUAUUUUACCCGAAGGAGUUCCUCUCCGAAAAUAGUAGCCCCAUGGUGACGAAUCCUAGUUUUGCAGCAUGGAUCCAUACCGAUCAAAAUUUAUUGGCUGCCCUCUAUUCAACAUUUUCGGCACGGCAGCCCUCUAUUUAACAUUUUCAGCAACAAUCCUUCCCUAUGUUCUUCAUCUUCAAACCUCUGCUGAUAUUUGACACACUAUUGAAAGAAGGUUUCAGCCCACCAGCAGGUCAUGAGUGAUUCAACUGAAGAACGAACUUCAUCAUAUCACAAUGAAGAACAACACGAUGACCCAAUAGCUCUUGGAGAUUAAAGCACUCAUGGAUAAUAUUUCAGCAGCAGGUGCAAAAAUUGAUCCAGAAGAUAUGAUCCUUCACAUCCUCAAUAGCUUACCACCCACCUUUCAAUCCUGUAAAACCGUCAUUUGCACUCAACUGCAACCGAUUCAUGCGGAUGACUUAUAUUCGUUACUAUGCAGCAAGGAUAUUAACUAUGCCACCUAAACUGCUAAGCAUAAUGCACCCAAUGAUCCACAACUAGCCCUUAUUGCUUUCAAGGGGCGCACCGACUCCUAUUUGAAGGGGAGAGGUCGUGGCAAUGCUUAGAGAGGUAGAGGAGGAAUGAAGGGUGGUAGAUCAACUUCCAGAUCUACAACAGUUUGCCAAAUCUGUCACAAAGUAGGACACUCUGUCUCAACGUGUUGCACCAGGCAAAUCUGGAAUACACUCCCCUACCUCCUCGCAAGCCCUCACUGCUCAGCUAGAUGACUGGUUGUUGGAAUCCAGUGCUACCGCCCACCGAACAUCAGAUCUCACUAAGCUUCAAGAUCCGAGUUCUUGCUCCAGCAAUGAACAAAUCAUCAGGGGCAAUGGCCAAGCCCUUCCAAUUAAGCGGAUGAGCUAUGGCCUUCUCCCUACACCACACCAUAAGCUUCAUUUACCUCAGAUCAAUAUUCUUCUUCUCUAUCACACAUCUUCUUUUCAUUCAUCAACUAAUCAAUGAUAAAAAAAAACAUUGUUUCAUUUAACACAUCCAACAUUCCAUCAUUGAUCCCCAGACCAACCAAGUUCUUUUUCAAGGACCUAGCUCUCAUGGAUUUUAUUCCAUUUUCGCUUUCUCCGCCAUUCUUCAAAAAUCAGCCACCUCCAACCUAUGGCAUAAGCGUUUGAGGCAUCUCAUCAAGAAAUUCUCAACACCAUUGCCAAAGCUCAACAUCUCAAUAUUUCCUCUAGAUUACCUAUAUGUGACACGUGUCAUGUUACCAAGUCUCAUAGGCAAUCAUUUGGUUAUACUAGGAAGCAUAGAUAUAAGUAGUUAGAACUUGUUCAUUCCGAUGUAUGAAGUCCAUCCCCGAUUACCUUUACCUAUGGUUAUAAAUAUUACAUUUCCUUUGUUGAUGAUAUGUCUCGCUUUUGUUGGGUUUACCAAAUGACUACAAAAUCUAAAACCACACAAACUUCAUAAUCACAAAACAAUUCUUCAAACCCAAUUCAACAAGAGUGAAAAUUUUGAGAACUGAUAGUGGAGGAGAAUAUACUUACACUGAAUUAAAUAAUUUUAUGCGCAACAAUGACACCAUUCAUCAAUAUUCUUGCCCUCAUACUCCGAAACAACAUGGAGUGGUUGAAUGAAAGCAUAGACAUUUAAGUUCAUAAAUGGAGUGUGCCUACUUCAUAAAGCUCUUUAUGUUCUCAAACAAGAGCCGGGAGUGGUUUCAUAUGCUUUCCAAGUUCUUCAUCGAAUAAGGCAUCACCACUAACAAAUUUGAUCCCUCCUUACUCCUCUACAGUCAUGGCAAUACCAAUCUCUUUGUUCUCAUCUAUGUAGUCGAUAUGUUGAUCACAAGCAAUAAUACAACAACCAUGUCUCAACUGGGGGGCACCUUUCAGCUCAAACAUAUGGGUCCCAUCUCAUGCUUUCUCUGGAAUUCAAGCUCACCGAUCUCCCAACUCCUGGUUUCUUACCUAAACGCAAUAUCUCUCGCAUAUCCUACAUAGUGCCAGAGUGGAUGAUUGCACGCUGGUAAGCAAACCCCUUCCUCUCAAGAAACCUACAUCUCCCUGAACAGUAAGCCGUUUCACAAUCCUACACUACAGACAACUCACGCGGUCUCUCGAAUACCUUACCAUCACUAGACCGGUCAUCAUUUUUGCGGCGAAUCAACUAUGCCAGCACAUGCAUUUGUCGUCAGAUCAUCACUUCCAUCUCUUGAAUCACCUACUUAAGCAUCUCAAAGCCACCAACAAAUUCAAUUUGCAACCUCCAAUGGGAGAUGCCGAUUAAACCCUAAACAGAAAAUUUACCACGGGUUACUGCAUCCAUCCUUGUAAUGCUCCCAUAUCUUGUAAUGUCAAUAAGCAAAAUACGAUUGCUCGGAGACGAAAUACGGUGCUCUCGCUGCCACAACAAUUGAUAUGUUUUGGUUGUCUUGUUGCAGAAUUUGGUAUUCAUCUAAACACACCCACUCCAAUUUGCUGUGAUAACAUUUCAGCUACUCUGACAU